AUGCCCACUUCCAUCCCCUACGACUCAAGCCUCACCCUCAUGAGCAUCGUAAACCAAGACGCCCUCAAGAGCGUCGAGGCAAUCGCAGCUCUUCAAGCCCCCGUUGACGCCGCCCAAGACGCUCUCAACUCUCUCAUCUCCUCAAAGCGCAGUCUCACUAUGACAAAGACGAAGCUCAAGAACCUCGGUGUCGGGACCGAUGCUCUCGACGAAGAGCUCAAGAAGCUCAAUGCCGCAGUCGAGGCUUCGGCUGGUGCCUACGCCGCUACCAAAAUGGCAGCUGAACCUCAGAUCACCGCUAUAAGAAAGGACAUCCACUCUGUCCACAAGCAGAUCGAGAGUCCCGUUGAUUACUUGCGCAGUGAGAUCAGGACCAUUGCGCUGGCGAAUGACACGAUGAACAUGGAUAACUCAGCGACGUAUUGCGCUCAAAUCGCGUCGUACGUGUCGGGGGCUGUUAGUAGUGUUUUCGGGGCGAAACAGUCGAUGAGGAUUGGAAAUGCAGCUUCCAGGCAAGUCAGCCGUCAGGUUAGCUCACACAGCAUCGAGGGCACACUGGUUCUGUCUGUGAGUUGCACGCACAAGAAUGCUUCGAUCGUGGCUCCUUUCGUGCUACACGUCGAUAAGGCUAUCAAGGUCUGGAACCAUCUCUUUCCUGGGAGCAAGCUUGAUCCCACCAGUGGAUCAAGCAUGAUGAAGUGCGCAAUGAACGAGAGCCAGGAAGAUAAGGAGAAAUUCUCUAUUAUUCCAGGCGUCACCUAUGGAUCUAGCUUCGUUGGCAUGGUCCAUGUGCUUAACACCACGUCCUCGUCUGCUUCAGAAUCUAUGGAGGCUGCUGCCUGGCAGAUGCAGUCGACCAUGAACGUUGGUGCCUGGUUCGCCAAGGUAGAGGGCAAAUUCGGUAUUGAUUCCAAUUUCGCCAGCAACGUAAAGAAUCUCCUCAGUCAGCAGAACAUCCAAUCUCAUGUCACGGUCCUUUCUAUGGGUGUUAUCCCCUCAAUGGUAGCCCACGAAGUCGCAACUGCUGUCAGCAAGUUCAACGACUUUGACCCCAAAUCCAACAUGGCGGCUGUUGCUGUUAUGCAGAAUGCAGUAUCGUCAGAUCAAUCCUCUGUCCAGUCCAUGGCCGAGGCUUCAAGAACAACUGGCCAAGCAUCUGAGAUGCAAGGCAAGAAGAUUGAGUCUUCAUUAACCCUAGAGGAUUACUUGGGCAAGGCUACGCAGGGAACAUCUGGUAUUCCCAUCAACUACUAUCUCAAGGACAUUGAUCAGAAGAUGUUGGCGCAAAUGUGGGCUGCCAAGUAUUACCCGGGAGAGUUCAUGGCUAUCAAGUAUGAUUUUACCUGA